AUGUUUGCGGUCUUGCAGUCUGCUCCCAGGGCUGAAUUCCGUCCGAAAGCUUGGGCAGGAAGGAUACAGUCAGACAAAGGAGCAGAUCCACUGGACAAGGAGAACAUGAAACCCUCUACGGCAACCAAUCCGGAGAAUGGUCUCUCCCAGAUCCUGAGGCUUGUGCUGCGAGAGCUGAAUCUGUUCUACAGCCGGGAUGUGAACGGAGUGUGUCUCCUAUAUGAUCUUCUCCAUUCCCCAUGGCUGCAGGCUCUGCUAAAGAUUUAUGAUUGUCUCCAGGAAUUUAAAGAAAAGAAACUCGUUCCUGCCACAACUCAUGCACAGACAUUAUCCUGUGAGGUAGUGGGGAUAUUACGUGAAACUCCUAAAUCCCCUGAGAUCCAAGAGCUGAAACAAAUCCUCCAGGAUCCACACUUUAAGGCCUUGCUCAGUGCCCAUGACACUGUGGCUCGGAAAGAUUUUGAACCCCUUCUCCCCCCAUUGCCAGACAAUAUCCCUGAGAGUGAGGAAGCAAUGAGGAUUGUUUGUUUGGUGAAAAACCAACAGCCCCUGGGAGCUACCAUCAAGCGCCACGAGAUGACAGGGGACAUCCUGGUGGCCAGAGUCAUCCACGGUGGGCUGGCUGAAAGGAGUGGGUUGUUAUAUGCUGGAGACAAACUGGUGGAAGUGAAUGGAGUUUCAGUUGAGGGACUGGAUCCUGAGCAAGUGAUCCAUAUUCUGGCCAUGUCUCGCGGCACAAUAAUGUUCAAGGUGGUUCCAGUUUCUGCCCCUCCUGUUAAUAGCCAGACGAUGGUGUACGUUCGUGCCAUGACUGAGUACUGGCCCCAGGAAGAUCCCACCAUCCCCUGCAUGGACGCAGGGUUGCCUUUCCAGAAGGGGGACAUCCUUCAGAUUGUGGACCAGAAUGAUGCCCUCUGGUGGCAGGCCCGGAAAAUCUCAGACCUUGGUACCUGUGCUGGACUAAUUCCUUCUAACCACCUUCUGAAGAGGAAACAACGGGAGUUCUGGUGGUCUCAGCCAUACCAGCCUCACACCGGGCUCAAAUCCACCAUAUCAAUUUCUAUGGAAGAAGAAGAUGACAUGAAGAUUGAUGAGAAGUGUGUGGAAGCAGAUGAAGAAACAUUUGAAUCUGAGGAGCUUUCAGAAGACAAGGAGGAAUUUGUUGGCUCUGGUCAGAAGUUCUUUAUCGCUGGCUUCCGCCGCAGCAUGCGCCUUUGUCGCCGCAAGUCCCACCUGGGCCCGCUGCGCGCGCGGCUGUGCGGCCCCAGCGCGCCGGGCGCGCCCUACGAGGAGGUGGUCAGGUACCAGCGCCGCGCGUCCGAUAGGCACCGCCUCAUCGUGCUCGUGGGACCUUCUGGUGUUGGAGUCAAUGAACUGAGAAGACAACUUAUUGAACUUAAUCCUAAGCAUUUCCAAAGUGCUGUGCCACAUACUACUCGCUCUAAAAAGAGUUAUGAAAUGGAUGGACGUGAGUAUCACUACGUGUCAAAGGAAGCAUUUGAAAGCCUCGUGUAUAGUCACAGGAUGCUCGAGUAUGGUGAGUACAAAGGCCACCUGUAUGGCACAAGUGUGGAUGCUGUUCAAACUGUCCUUGAUGAAGGAAAGAUCUGUGUCAUGGACUUAGAGCCUCAGGGUAUUCAAGUAGCUCGAACCCAGGAACUGAAGCCUUAUGUCAUAUUUAUAAAGCCAUCUAACAUGAGUUGUAUGAAGGAAUCUCGGAAAAAUGCCAAGAUCAUUACAGACUACUUUGUGGACAUGAAGUUCAAGGAUGAAGAUCUACAAGAGAUGGAGGAUUUAGCCCAAAAAAUGGAGGCACAGUUUGGCCAGUUUUUUGAUCAUGUGAUUGUGAAUGACAACUUGCAAGAUGCGUGUGCCCAGUUGUUGUCUGCUGUUCAGAAGGCUCAGGAGGAGCCUCAGUGGGUACCAGCACCGUGGGUUUCCUCGGAUACUGAGUGUUAA